GUCUAAUCUGCAUCCCUUUUCCGGAAAAGGGGUGCAGUGUAGACACAGCCCUUGUGUAUAAUUUUAAAGGGUUUAAAUGCCUUGAAUCUUAACAUCUUUUAAAUUACCCCUUUUUAGCAAGUCAUGGGGAGUCUGCUUCCCAGAUAGUGUGUAACUAUAAAGUUCACUUUUAGUAACAAAUGGCUUAUAAAAAUCACAGCAUUUCAGUUAUAGUCAACUUAGUACAGGGGUGGUCAACUUGUGGCUCAUGAGCUGCAUGCGGCUCUUCACCCCUGAAAGUGUGGCUCACAAAGCCACCCCAUGCACCCCUACAAACAGCCCCCAGCUCCCUGUGCACACCGGAUGCAGGAGAGCCAUCUGGUGUGGCAAGAUGGCGGUGGCCAGCUGGAGCCUUAUGUGUCCAAAAAGCCUAGCCCAUUGUAUUUAAAGGGGCAGCUUCCUUUUUUUUUUCUCAACAACUCUGACUGCUGGAGAUCUCUUUUUCUUUUUUCCCUCUCAACAAUUCUGGUGCGGUGCUACUCUUCUCAUUUUUUCCACCGCUAUUGCAGCUCUCUUAGUUUAAUGGGUUGGCCAUUCUGACUUAGUACAAUAUGCAUGAUUUUUAGAUAUAGUCUCCUAUCUCUGUAGGUUUCAAGCAGAUGCCAGGCUACAACAAUAAAGCACUUGGCUAAUUCUCACAAUAGAUUUUCUUGACUAAAGAAGCUAUUUCUUAAGGUGUUUAUUAAGGUCUUCUAGCAAAAGAGUUCUUGAUGAAUCAUUAGGAUCUUAGGACAUCAAAAAGUACAUUUUUUUUUAUAUAGCAUAAAUCUAAAAUUUGGCUAGAUUCUUGAGUCUGACUUGGUCAUUCUGUGACACAUCGCUGUCAGAAUAUGCCUGUCAUGCAUGUGUAUCAGUCCUCAGAAGGUCACUUGAACCCAAGGUAAGUCUAGUCAUUUUCCUUGAAGAGUGAGCCUAUUGAAAAUGUAUUGCUGUGGUUAAAUGGAAAAUGCAUACAGCUUGGGUGCACUUCUGCUGCUGGAGACUGCAGUUAAGAGCAUUUCCACCUUCAGACACUUAAAUUUUGUGGUAUAUUCCAAAGAAUCAUAGCUGACUGUCCACUGAAUAUAAAGCUAACUAUAUGAAGUGUAUGAUGAUGAUAGCACAUGAAGAGAAAAAGACCUCCUGUAGCCACAGCAGAUCUACUUCCUCAAGAAUCAAGAUUAUCUUCAGCAACCCAUCCCACAGCUGGAGCUCACAAGAAAACACUUGCCACCACUGCUACUGUGAGAAACAGCUAUCACUCAGGGAGCCAGCCACUUAGAAAAGAUUCUGACAUGUUGCUGAGUGUGAUGGUUCUGAGGUAGAGGGUGGGUGAUGGAAAGAUGAGAAGAGUACAUAAUGGAUGUUGGUGAGGAUGAGUUAGAGGACCUUUUCCAGGGAACAUUGGACAUAUUGCUGACAGGCAUAAUAUAUUACAGUAGAGCCCCUUUUUUGCCAGAAUAUUUCUGUUGCUUUGGUGUAUGUCUUCCUUCAUUUUAAUCCAAGCAGAUUGGUGAGUGGCAUAUUUUCCCUAAAAGUAUUUCAGGAAAGGGUGGGGUAUUUUCAGUACUGACCACACAAAUAUCUAGAAAGGUAUGAUAUUCCCCCUUUUUCUUAAUCUGUUCCUGGUUGGUUGGUUUGUGUGUUUUUGUUUGUUUUUCAAACUGUGGAUUUCAAGGAAAUUCCUGGUGUGCUUUACUUCCCAUUUUUUUGGGGAAGUAGCUCAUGCUACUAAUAUUCUCAUAGAGGACCUUCCUUACACUUUAUGGGGCCCUAUGCAAAUGAGCCCUGCCAGUAUGACUUCUGAUGGGGCUCGGGGGUUCUUUCCCUUAUUCCCCCCGCCUGGUUCCCCAUGUGUGUUUUGUGCCAGGGGCCUGGGCUUCCCUUCCCCCAAGGCACAUAUUCUUCCUGUGUUUGGGGGCUUGCCUGGGGCUGGAGCUGAGACUGAGGGCUCCUCUCUGCCCCCAGCCUACAUGAUAGAGCCCUCACUAGUCUUCUGGCUGAGAAGAGCAUGUUGAAGUGAUAUCUGGCAAAGGAGAACAGAUGGAGGAAGGAGGCAGAGAGGAACCAACAAGGCAGCAGCAGAGGUAAUAGAGCUGUACUUAUACAUACAAGUACAAUGGCAGCUGCUUAAGCCAUGUGAAAAUUUGCUGCUCCAAAUUUUCAGGUGCCCUUCGUAAUUGCAUAUGCCUUGGGGCAACUCCAUUCUCAUAGCAGCACAUAUUUAGCAGACAAAUUGCUCAGGUCAUGCUUGGGCUUUUUCCUCUUUUGGGGCUCUGUCUUCAGUUUCUGAAACUGGAUCCAAGUUGGUUUUGUGUGACAGAGCACAAAUAUUUAUUCUAGCCCUUGAGCUCUAGUAGUUUUCACCAUGAAUAAAGCAUUUCUCUACUCCAGCUGAAGUUACCUAAUAAAUAGGAUAUACUCCAGUCUCAUAAGGAGAAUGCAGCAUGGUAACAGUAGUAUAGGCAGGUAUAGAACACAGUAUUGGUUGGUCAACUAAUACUACUACUUGUUGUACUUAGAUAUUCUUUGAAAAGAGCUGAAUCUCUUAAUGAGUUAAACCCUGACAGCUGUAGCUCGUCUGAAAAGCAAUAUUCAGUCAGGCUACUUAACAAAUGAAGUAUUAAGCAACAAUCAUGCAGUUUAAAAUGUUUUAAAAUAUUUCUGCUGUGUUCCCUGACACACACAUUGCGUCUACUCGUUCUGCCAAACAGCCAAAAAUAUGACAUUAGAAUAACUUAUUUCAGAUUGGGAGUCAAUAGGGUAGAAGCAAAAUGGUGACACAUAAGAAACAAAUACAUAAUAUCCCCAAUAAUCCCCUUUUCAAAUCUCAGAAAUCAAGACAGGGCCCAUUUCUCAGCAAAUGGUUUGAACUUGAAAAUAAAAGUGAAAACAAAAUGAUUUUUCAUAUGUGCUUUUGAUACUCCUGUUUAGAAACAGCCAAACAAAUCUACUUCCUAAAACAAAAUAUAUAUUAAGAGGUUUUAAUAUUUGUAAAUCAGAGCAGCAGAGGGCAGCAUUAAGAGGCUUAUGAUUACUGGCAGUAACUGCAAGAAGCAGUCCUGGCAUGUGUCAGAGGAAGAAAUUCUAUCUACUCUUCCUUUAGAGACAGGAAGGUCUGCCUUUCAAUGACUGACUUAGUUAUGGCAUUGCAUCAGUCCUACUUCAAACUGUAGAAUGCUGAGACAGUUGUAAUACUGCAGGAAAACAACUGAAAACACCAUCAGUCAGUCAAAAAGUAUAAAAAUCCAGGGAGAAGAACACAAGCUAUUAUUAAAAGAACCAUGAAGGCCUUUCUUCUGCUAGCUGUCAUUUCAUUUUGCUGGGCCCAGUACAACCCAAAUACAAAACCUGGGAGGACGUCUAUUGUCCACUUAUUUGAAUGGUGUUGGGCUGACAUUGCUCUUGAAUGUGAACGGUAUUUAGCACCCAAUGGAUUUGGUGGAGUUCAGAUAUCUCCUCCAAAUGAAAAUAUUAUAAUUACUAACCCAUGGAGGCCCUGGUGGGAACGAUACCAGCCAAUCAGCUACAAUCUAUGUACACGAUCUGGAUAUGAGCAUGAAUUUAAAGACAUGGUGACCAGAUGCAACAAUGUUGGAGUUCAUGUUUAUGUGGAUGCUGUAAUUAAUCACAUGUGUGGAUCUGGUGCUGGCUCUGGUAAUAGUUCUACUUGUGGAAGCUAUUUCAAUUCAGGGACCAGAGAUUUUCCUGCUGUGCCAUACUCAGCGUGGGACUUUAAUGAUGGUAAAUGUAAAACUGGAAGUGGAGGCAUUGAAAAUUACCAUGAUGUGACUCAGGUCCGUGACUGUCAACUUGUCAGUCUUCUCGAUCUCGCCCUGGAGAAGGACUAUGUGCGCUCAAAAAUUGCGGAAUACAUGAACAAUCUUAUUGAUAUCGGCGUGGCAGGCUUCAGAAUUGAUGCUUCCAAGCACAUGUGGCCUGGGGACAUGACAGCAAUUUUAGACAAACUGAAAAAUCUAACUGAACAGUGGUUUGCCGAAGGAUCAAGACCUUUCAUUUACCAGGAGGUAAUUGACUUGGGUGAAGAGCCAAUCAAGAGCAGUGAAUAUUUUGGAAAUGGCCGAGUGACUGAAUUCAAAUACGGUGCCAAACUGGGUACAGUACUCCGCAAAUGGAAUGGAGAAAAGAUGGCCUAUUUAAAGAACUGGGGAGAAGGCUGGGGUUUCAUGCCCUCUGACAGAGCUCUUGUCUUUGUGGAUAAUCAUGAUACCCAGAGGGGACAUGGUGCUGGGGGAGCUUCUGUUCUAACCUUCUGGGAUUCCAGAUUGUACAAAAUGGCACUUGGUUUUAUGCUUGCACAUCCUUAUGGAUUGACACGUGUAAUGUCAAGUUAUCGUUGGCCAAGAUUUUUUCAGAAUGGAAAGGACAUUAAUGAUUGGGUGGGACCACCAAGCUAUGAGGAUGGAUCAAUUAAACCUGUUACAAUUAAUCCGGACACUACUUGUGGCAACGACUGGAUCUGUGAACACAGAUGGCGUCAAAUAAAGAACAUGGUUAUCUUCCGUAAUGUGGUUGAUGACCAGCCUUUCACAAACUGGUGGGACAAUGACAGCAACCAAGUGGCUUUUGGGCGUGGUAAUAGAGGUUUCAUCAUCUUUAAUAAUGACAACUGGUACUUGAAUGUAAACUUGCAAACUGGUCUUCCCAAUGGCACUUACUGUGAUGUUAUUUCUGGUCAAAAGGAAGACGACCACUGUACAGGAUUACACGUGGAGGUAGCUGGUGAUGGCAGGGCUAACUUCCAGAUUAGUAACCAUGCUGAGGAUCCUUUCAUUGCAAUUCAUGUUGAUGCAACUUUGUAAUCCAGGCAAGAAUGAAUGAUUCUCUAUAGAACAUCUCUAGCAAGGAAUAAAAUGUAUUGGUGAAGAAGUUGUGGUAUGUUUAGUCUCAUUAAUGAAAUAUUGUGUAAUUGCUGUACCAUUAUUACACAAUAACCAGCACUGAUACUGAAACACAUUUUUGAGAUGGUGAAAUAGGCCUACAAAUAUGGUUAAUUUCAAAGAGUACUUCAUUUUUGUUUCACAUGAAGAUUGUAAAAGUGAAAUUAAACCAUGAUUCGAGAUGAUUUUACAGUUUCAAUUCCAAAACUCGGCCAGAUAAAGAGCACCUAAUAGAGCUGGCUGAAAAAAAAUGGAUAUUUUUGGUUCACUGGCAAAGCAAAAGUGUUGAAAAAGAUUUUGUUUCACAUCAAAUCAGUGACACUAUCUCACAGUAGCAUCCUGGGAUCCCCCAUAUUCACUGUGGUCAUAUAAUUAUGACACGUUUUGUACAAAAUAUGUCGUGGUUCUGUAUCAGUCUUGAUCUGUUGAACAAUAAUAACCUGUUGGACUGUAUGUACGAUCAUUAUAUAUGAAGUUCUGAAGGCAUUAUAUAGAGCAGGGGUGGGCAAAAGGGCCUCCAAGGGCUGGAGCUGGCCCACCAAGCGGGUUGAUCCGGCCUGGGAAGGCCCUGACUCUCCCCCAUCCCCAAGCCAAUUAGGGCCUGGGGGCAGGGGGAAGCAUACAAAGUUUCCUCCACCCUGCCAGGAAAAUGUGGCCCUUAGAACCACUGUGGGCUCCUGGCAGGGUGGGAGGAGACUUCACAUGCUCCUCCUCCCCAAGCCCUUCACAUGCUCCUCCUCCCCAAGCCCUUCAC